GGAACUGAAGCUGCUGCUUGCGGGGCAACACAAACACCCCUCGACUGCGGUGAGUUUCACCGCGGCGAGUUCACCGCGGUGAACCUGUCGCGGUGAAACUCUUUGCGGUGAAACUCUUCGCGGUUAAACUCUCCGCGGUGAAUCUGAACCCACACCGUCUGCCCAGGGAGUCAAGGUGGCGUCGGAGAAGCUGGAGUCCUCCUUGUUGGACGACUCCCUCAAGAGGGACGACUCCCUCAAGAGGGACGAGCCCAGCGGAGUCGCCCGCCCUCCGGGGGAGUCGUUCUUCAUGCUGCCCGACGUCGCUCCAUCUCCGCAGGUGCUCAAGGAGUUGGGUGGCACUGGGCUGCUGUCUGCGCUGUCGGACCCCUCUCUGCUCACCAACGCCAGCACCCCCGUUCAAGAGCCACGCGCCAGCGGAGGCAGCACCAGCGGUCGCACCAGCGGAGGUGGUGGUACCAGCGGUGGUGGUGGUGAUGAUGAUGGUGGUGGUGGUGGUGCUGCUUCUGGAGCUGGGUCACUCGGGGCUCAUGGCCGCCUGCUCGCCCGUGCCGCCCAUGUAACGUAGUCGCGGCGACGGCGGCGUCUCACACCUUGUUGUUGUGUGUGUGUUGUGUGUUGGUGUGUUGUUGUGCUUCCUCCGACGAGCGCGGUUUGGCUUGCUGCGUUACGGCGGUGCGAAAGCCGUUCCACGCGUACACACACCAACAACUACCUACACAACAACAACUACCUACACAACAACAACAACAACUACGCACACACCAACAACUACCUACACAACAACAACUACCUACACAACAACAACAACAACUACGUACACACCAACAACUAC